CCUAGCAAAGAAAGUCGGGACUGUCACUAAUGAGGGCUGCAGAGCUGGGAUGUUAGGUGUAUGAUGCAUGUACUGGGAGGCUCCUUGCUGCUCUGAGCCUACAAUGCAGAUCUAAGGGGAAGCUGACACAAAGGCAGGACUGAUCCAUUCUCCAUGCAGUCCAGAGCCAGGAAGGGAGGGGGAGGAAGGAGGUGGUACCGGCACCCACAGCACCCCGAGGGCAGACAGAAGUAGACAGGCAGCAGAAGACAGAGACCUGCAGACCGGAGAACAGGGGACCGCACCCUUCCCUCCCUUCCUUCCAUCACACCGAUCCUCUCUGCAGUACUGGCACUGGCCCAGACCCGGCACCGCGGAGAUCGGAGAGAGAUACAUUGGCUCAGGAUCCUGCGCUGACAUUGGAAGCAUUCCCUAUACAGGCGGUCAUCCCUGACUUCUGAUUUGUCAUUUAAUAGUUAAGAUUACCAGCAACAGAAUGCCAGGCCUAUUUGAUACAUGCACCUGGGUGCAGCUCCCCCUAGAGGCUUCAUGUGUAAAUGCCUGUGCUAGUGGAUACAGUCUGGGGCUCCGUGCUCACCUCACCUAUCGCAACACUAGUAAUGAAACCAUGCAAGCCAUGUUUAUAUAUCUACUGGAGGAAGGGGAAGUGGUGACAAGCUUUGAGGCAGUGUCUGGCAACAGGAAGGUUCAAACACAGGUUCAGAGUCGGAGUCGAGUAGAAGAUUGCUGCAUUAGUUGUCAGUUGGAGGCCCUGCCAGGUUACUGCCCAAAUGGUCACCUGGUGUUGGAUGCAGACACGGCCCACAAUGUGUUUGUGCUCAGUGUGGGAGCUGUACAUCCCUCUUCAGUUGUGAGUGUGACUCUGCAAAGUUGCAGAGAGCUGCAGACUCUUCCAGGAGGAACUGUGCGCGUGACCCUCAACUCCACCCUUACACCCUUGGCCCUGGGUCCAGGGGAUCCUAGCGAGCAUGGGGAUGGUCUUUGUGAUGACAGGUUGUGCUUAUGUCCGGCCAGUUGUUUUGGUGGUGUGAGUGGAGCAACGGUAAAUUCUUGGCUGCUGAUUUCAGAUUCUCCUUCCCAGUUACUGCACUCUGCACAUCCCCGAUCUCUGUCUACUGCUCUCUCCAGCCUGGCUACUAACCCACAGCGCUAUCAGUUUACCUUCCACUUACAAGUUCAGGGACCUUGUCUUCUAGCAGGUAUAGAGAGUCCAUCCCAUGCUCUUCGUGCUGAUGCAAGCCCUUUUGCUCUCUCCGCUUCCUCCAUUUGGAUUAGCUUGGCAGAAGAGUAUAAAUGUGACCGUGCUUUGGAAGUUAUCUUGCACCCUAGUGAACCCCAUCUCCCCCACCUUUGUUUGGAGAGUGGCACCAAGAGUUUUUCACAAUAUGAGGCGCACAUAAAAGAAAGGAAAGAUUUCAUCAAAGGCAUGAAGAAAUCCAGUGAUCCUGAAAGACAGGUUAACUUUGUACGAAGGCGGUUUCACAAAGAUCUUCACUUCAAUCCAGUCCUGAUGCUGAACUUCUGUCCUGACCUUACUGCCCUCUGUACUUUGAGCUCUGACCUUCCUACUGUUACUCGUGAAGUCAUAUUCAUUGUCCAUUUGAUGGGAGAACCAUCUCGCAAUGUUCAGGAAUCGCUUCUAUUGGCAGUGAGGAGUUUGCCAGCUCGCGUGUUGCUGAACAUAGCAUGUGGCACAGGUGACAGCAGGGCCCUAUUUCCAGCAAGCAGGCAAUGUAGUAAUGACGCUUUGGAGCUGGCUUGUGAUUUCAUCCAAAGCAAUAAAUUGUGUGGGACAACCUGUAACCUGUUUUCUGUGCUGGGUCGGCUUAUGGAAAAUCCUGUGCAUCGAGGUUAUCCCCGACAACUAUUUAUCAUCACGGAUACUGAUUUUAAUAAUAUGAGCAGGAUUCUUGAGCUGAUUAGAAGACACACAAGAACUACACGGGUGUUUGGUCUUGGACUUGGUGCAAGCACAUGCCACAGAUUUCUUGAGAAAGUUUGUAGAAUAACAAGGGGAACAGUGGAGCUGGUCAGUGAGGGUGAAAGACUCCAGCCAAAGCUGAUUAAUGCAUUGAAGAAGGCACUGGAGCCAGCUCUGAGUGACAUUACAAUAGACUGGUAUAUGCCAGAGACUAUGGAGGCUCUGCUCACACCAAAUGAGAUUGCUCCACUCUACCCUGGUGAUUGCCUUAUUAGCUACUGCACUUUAUAUAACAUUGCCAGUUUCCGAAGCAAGAAAGGAAUGGCACGGGUAACUAGAGGAGGAUCACUUAGUUCUGUAUUCCAGUCUCAUGAAGAGUCUCAGACUUCAGGGACGACAGAUGCAAGUUGCCUGAACCAGUCUGCUGCUGUGGAGGAUGUUGAGCGAGCUCUGCAGGAAAUUUCACAUGAAAUUUCAUUGGAAUUCUCAGCAUGGAGUGAAGAUCCAGAGAGAAGUGAAAGCACCUGUGGAGAUGGAGCUCAAGUAAGUGACAUUAGAAGACGCAUUGUACGCUCCUCCUAUGUGCAGGAUCAAUACGUCCUCACUCAUUGCUCCGUGAGCACUGAUCCAACUCAUGCAGUGACCCAACCCUCCAGCAGUGACCGCACUCGUGCCCCCAGCCAUGGUUCCACCAGCAGUGAGUCUGUAGGUUCUAGGGAUACUGUUGCUGGAGAAUGUAUGACCCCCUGUUUUGGUAAAGUCUCCCAACAAGGACAGAAGACUGUAACACAGAGUGAAGGUGUUUCUGCAUCAAACAAAAACAUAACUCCUUCUUCAUGCAAGGCUCCAGUCACCCAGAGUUCAGAGGAGCUGGUCAGAAGGAAAGCCUUGAUUCAGGCAACAAUGUUUGGUCGCAGUUUUUCAUCUCCACAUGGGGAACUGGAUAUGCUUCGGUUACGCACGGUCUUGGAUAAGGUUUCACAAAGCCGGGAGUCGGAUGAUGAAGGUCGUGCAAAACGCAGCGAAGGUCUCACUGAUUAUUCCUGCCAACUUCCAUCUCCUGCACAGCUAGACUGGGACAUGCUGGUUGAUGCACAGUAUCUUUUUUCUGCUUCACCUGCAACCGAAGGGGCAAAUGUGGUGUCUGCAGGCAGCAGUGAUUCUGGCUGGCAGUGUAGAGCUGUGAUCCAUGGUUAUAUUGGUGGGAAAAGUCACUCUUGGGACACAACUGUAAACUUAGAGUCGCUAUUGUGCACUGCUGAAAAUGAAGGAAACCAUAUAGAGUGUGAAAAGUGCUGCAACCUGCACCAGUUAGCUGCACGCUCUGUGAUUCAGGACAAUGAGGACAUGGCCUGGAGGGAGUCUGACAUUGAACACAGCUCUUCUCGGCGAUUUCGCCUAAAAGCCAUGCAGUCCAGCAAAUCCUGUUCGCAAGCCUCAUCUUUUACCUGCCAUGUCCCUGUAGACUCCACUACUCAGGAAGUACUCCCAGGACACAACAUUGUGUGUAGAGGGGCGCAAAGUAGAAGAAGUUGCAGCUCCAACUCUACAAGAUGGAGUGCUGGAGACAACCGAGGCUCAGAAAAUACAGACGACUUAUUUGAAAAUGGAGGCAGGCCUGCCGGCUCUCCAUCAUCUCCACUCAAACUACCUUCUGAGAAAAGUAUGGAAAAGUUGGGAAUCCAAGAAGGACAAAUCCCUAACUCAUUUGGCUCACAGAAGUCUUCAGAUACGUCCCUGACCUCUAGGAUAAGUGUGGGAAAGAAGAAAAUUCGUGGGAUGUCUGGGAAGCUGUCUCCACUCAAACCAUGCUUAACUGGGGAUAAAGAGCCGAACAUUGAUCUUGUAGUACAAGACUAUUUACCACUGAUAAGCUUGCAGUUUGCAGAGGGUUUUUUCAGCUUGAACAGCUCUUUCUCCAAUGUAGUACAGAUAUCACUUCAGCGGCUGCUUCGUACUUCCCCAUUUUCUAGUCAUCGUGGAAGCCUAAGUCCUGUGUCUGAGCCUUUCCCUUCAGAAGCUGGGGACUGUCAUCUUAAAGGAGAAGCACAAAACUGUAAAGGGGGGUCUCAGCCUGAAGUCCCAGCGACACAGGAGAACUCUUUUCUCCCUGUCUACGCCUCAUCAUGCCCUGAAGCACUUUGUCAUCAAGCAGACAGUGGACGGGGAUCUGAAACUGACCCAUGUGAUACCUCUCCAUGUCCUUCAGAAACUGGAGCAGAACUGGACACAGAUAUUGAAGGCUGUUCCUGGGCUACAGCUGUGGCUCUUGCAUGGCUUGAGCAUCGCUGUGCUGGUUUCUUCACAGAAUGGGAACUGUUGGCAGCCAAAGCAGAGGGAUGGCUACGGGCACAGACAUUCCCUGAUGGGUUACAGUUGCCAGCUUUAAAGGGGGCUGCCCGUCAACUUUUUCUCCUCCUUCGUCACUGGGAUGAAAACCUUAAUUUAAAUAUGCUCUGCUACAAGCCAGGUGAUGUUUGAGUCAAUUUUAAUAUCUAAAAAAAUAAAUGCAAGUACCCGACACUGGCUAUUGGCCUAUCAGACUGAUGCUGGAACCCUUUUGGUAAUGUGGGUACUAGUCCAGUUAUUUUUAUUUCUCAAAUCAAAACAAUUGUGAGACAGCUGUUUAAUAAGUCAAGAGGCAGUUUCAUGUUUAUUAGCUUAAAAAAAUAUAAAGUCUAUACUUUUAUUUUCCUUGAGACAAUCACUCUUAGCAGUGUUCUUUGUACCCUACAGUUUUAGAAAACAGGACAAAGCAGAUAAGGAAAUCAGUCCUUCUUCUUACGAGGCAUCCGUGUGGAUUCCAAGGAACUUGUCUCAUCUGGUGGAACACCAAGCCACAAGUGCAGCAAAAUGGCUCCAUGACAAAUAUGAAGAGCACCUGAGCUCAUAGAGGUAGAGGGAAAUGUGUUCCAGGACAGCUCAAUAAGGCCAAGGAUAAGGAUCCUGGAAAUAAUUUAAAGAAAGUCAUCAAUAUCCGUUAAUUAAAAAAAAAAAACACUCUAGGUGUCAACAGAUACUUACUUAGCAAGUCCUGGCAAGACUCUAGAGUUUGUGCACCAUAAAAGAUAUGGCAGUGUGUGGAAGUACCAGACAUAAAACUGAUAGUGCAGAGAACGACUGAAGGCCACACCCAGGAAGUUACUGGAAAACAGGACAAAGAUAAUCUCUUAGAAAAAGUUAAGGAAAAUAGGGCUUCAGGGGCUCAUUUUCUACCACUUUCGUGGAAAUUUUUACAAGCACUUGAUUAAUUAUCUACUUCUAUUACUUGAGGAAUAAUAACUAAAAAUGAAAUCCAAUUUAGGUGUUUUGGGAACAGUUUUAAAAGGGUGUUUUUUUUUUAAAUACAUUCAAAUAAAACUAUUUAUAAUAAAA